AUGUCUCAAAGAUCUAGGCUCUCGUUUCUAAUUCUCAUUCCUCUGUUUUUCUUCUCAUGUCCAAUUCUUUCAUCGUCUUCUCUACGGACAUCAAAUGUUAAUUCGACGAGUACAGAAGCGGAGAGGCUUAUCCAAAGUUUAAACUUGUUUCCCAGUUCUGGCGUGAACUCCGGCGGCGGCGGCGGCGGGAAUUCUUCCCAGCAGCGAUUACCCAAUGCAGCGUGGUCCUCAUUGGUCGAAACGCGAUUCCACCUCCAAGCCCAUGGUAAUCCAGGGAUUCCGAUUCAGAAUUUGGGUCAUCAUGCCGGCUAUUAUCGACUUCCUAACACUUACGAUGCAAGGAUGUUUUACUACUUCUUUGAGUCGAGAAAGAGUAAGAGGAGUGACCCAGUUGUGAUGUGGUUGAACGGAGGACCCGGAUGCAGCAGUUCAAUUGGUUUGUUUUAUGAAAACGGUCCUUACCAGAUAAGACGCGAUUCUCUUUACUGGAAUGAAUUUGGUUGGGACCAGGUCUCCAACAUGAUCUAUGUCGACCAGCCCACCGGCACCGGUUUCAGCUAUAGUUCACAUCAAUCUGAUAUUCGCAACGAUGGAGAGGAUGUUAGCAAUGACUUAUAUCACUUCUUACAGGAAUUCUUCCAAGAACAUCCUCAAUAUUUGAGGAACGAUUUCUACAUAGCCGGAGAAUCGUAUGCUGGUCAUUAUAUCCCUGCCUUAGCUACUCGGAUUCACAAUGGAAACAAUAACAGAGAUGGAUCUCACAUUAACCUUAAGGGUAUUGCUAUUGGAAAUGGAUUGGUAAACCCUGAAAUUCAAUACAAGUCAUUCCCAGAUUAUGCUUUAAGUGCCAACCUCAUCACAGAAUCUCAAGCUAGAUAUGUCUCCGAAUUGAUACCAACCUGCGAGAGAAACAUAGCUAGAUGCAAUGCAAGGAGAGGAGGAGAAGGAAAUAGCUGUUUGGAAGCACAUAUUUCUUGUACUGCCAUAUUUAAACGUGUAUUGAUCUAUUUUGGUUCUAUGAGGAAUUAUUACGACACUCGAAAGCAAUGUGCGGGUCAACGUCGUUGUUAUGAUUUCUCGUAUAUUGAAAGUCUUUUAAACAGCGAAUCGGUUAGAAAUGCCCUUGGAGUUGGGAAUAUUAGGUUUGUAUCUGUGAGCCAAAUUGUUUAUAAUGCGAUGCUUAAGGAUUGGAUGAGGAAUUAUGCCGUGGAAAUUCCUUCCCUUCUUCAAAAUGGAAUUAAGGUCUUGAUAUAUGCGGGAGAAUAUGAUCUCAUCUGUAAUUGGCUUGGGAUCUAUAGGUGGGUUGAAGAUAUGCAAUGGUAUGGUCAGAGACAAUACAAUCAUGCUUCCUUAGUUUCAUACGAAGUCGACGGUUCUACAAAGGGAGAAAUUAAAGAAUAUGGACCUCUGACAUUUCUUAAGAUUUUAAACGCGGGGCAUUAUGUUCCUAUGGAUCAACCGAAAGUGACAUUGAAGAUGUUGAAAAGAUGGACAAGAGCUUAG